UUUACAUGUUGACCCGUCGCCGCUGAGUGCGAGACAUAACGUGAUAACCUACAGGCGAUAGAUAUAGAGCUAAGCAAGUUAAAAGAAGAAUGAGUGUGCCCUUCAUAGGACAUCAAAACGUCUGAUAGCUCAGACCCCACAACUCUGAAAAAAAGUUAUUUUUUUAAACAUUUAACAGACAAAUAGUUUCCUUUUCAAUAUUUGUGCAUAACAGGUGAUUAUGUCUAAUAACAAGAGGAUUUUGUACGUGGGAGGACUGGCUGAUGAGGUGACAGAGGAGGUUCUGCGGUCUGCAUUCAUCCCAUUUGGUGACAUAGUUGAUGUACAGAUCCCCCUUGACUAUGAGACUGAGAAGCACAGAGGUUUUGCUUUCAUUGAAUUUGAAUUGCCAGAAGAUGCUGUAGCAGCAAUUGAUAACAUGAAUGAGAGUGAGUUGUUUGGACGCACCAUUCGGGUCAACUUGGCAAAACCCCAGAAGGCAAAGGAAGGUUCAUCCCGAGCCGUCUGGGCUGAUGACGAGUGGCUCAAGAAGUAUGCCGGCGCAUCGCUGGAGACUGAGAAGGAGGGAGGGGAGGAAGGUGUCAAGCGACCAGCAACUGAAACAGAAGAUGAACCCAAAGCUAAGAAGAAAAAGGGUAAUCCUCAAGUAUACUUUGACAUCAAGAUUGGAAAGACCUUGGCUGGCAGGAUUGUAAUGCAGCUCAGGGCUGAUGUUGUCCCCAAGACAGUUGAGAAUUUCCGCUGCCUCUGCACUCACGAAAAAGGCUUUGGCUACCAGAAUUCAACCUUCCACCGCAUCAUCCCCGGCUUUAUGUGUCAGGGUGGGGACUUCACCAACCACAAUGGCACUGGAGGACGUUCCAUAUAUGGGGCAAAGUUUGAGGAUGAAAACUUCAAACUAAGACACACAGGUCCUGGAAUCCUUUCUAUGGCCAAUUCAGGACCCAACAGCAAUGGUUCUCAGUUCUUCCUGACAACAGAGCGCACCGAGUGGUUGGACAACAAACAUGUUGUCUUUGGUCAAGUCAUUUCUGGUAUCAAUGUGAUCAGGAAAAUGGAAAAAUGUGGAACAAAAACUGGGAAGCCAACAGAAAAAGUAACAAUUUCAAAUUGUGGUGAAUUAGUCUAGUUUUUUCCCAUCUCUCUCUCUCUUCUGCAAAAGUUUAUCAAUAGCUUUCCAUGUAAUAUCAGAGGAGAAUAAUAAUACUAUUGUAAAAUA